AUGGUCUUAUAUUUUUGGGCUGAAACUUUUGUUGUACUAGCGAGGAUAGCUAAAAUAGUUGAGGAUGGUCCUUGGUGGUACUUUGCUUGUGUGUGUGACAGAGGUGUUCAGACAGAAUCUGGGAUUUACUUUUGUCAAUUUUGCAACAUUCAUGUAACAAAUGUGACUCCUAGGUUUAGAGUGAAGGUAUUAGUUGAGGAUUCCACUUGUGUUUCUAUUUUUGUCCUCUUUGAUCGUGAGGCAAGUUACCUACUGAAUAAGACUUGUGCGCAGCUGUUUGAACAACAUCUUAAGGAUGUUGAUGUUGUGUUUGACACACAGUCUCCUCUUAUAUUCCAAGACAUUGUUGAAAAAAUUAUGAUGUUCAAGGUUCUUAUUUGGCUUGUUGGGAUGGAGAAAUUCAAAGGGUCUUAUCUAGUGAGGCGUGUUUAUGAUGAUGCUGCAAUACUUGGAAUGUUUGAGCUCUCUGAUUCAGAUUUGAGUCCUGAAAAGGCUGGGUUUGUACCCAAAGGAGAGGGAUCAUUUGGGGAACCCUCUAAGGUUACCGAAUCACUGAAUUUGGGAUUGACUCCUUCCAGCUGCUCUGAGCUCUUUGCUGGUUCGCCUAAAUGUACCCAACCAAAAUCAAGUGUUGUUGACUUGGGAGUUGAUGAAGAUGUUAAGUAUCUUCUCCUCAAAAGAAAGUUUGCUGAUGCUGUGGUGGAUAAGUUAAAUGAAGUGGAUAUUUUUCAAAAUUCAUGUGAUGAAGUUGAUGAAAGUGAAGAGAUGAGUAGUGUUGCCAUUUUUUUUGACAAGGAGUAUGUGGUUGGCCUUAAUCAAGGCUCUCUUGAUUCUGAGAAAGAUGUGAAGCCUUCGUUGAAGAGGUUGAGAAGAUCCUUGAGGCUGCAAUUUGAUGAAGUUGAGGAGUCUCGUGGCUCGGGAAAUGAUGGCUCCUCUGGACAUAGGGUUAGAAGUGAUCUUUUGGCCAUUUCUUUUGUUUUGAUAGAUUUCUUAGGUGCAUUUUGCCUAUAA